AGCGCCCCCUGUCGGUGGGUAGCAGUUCAUUUUAGUGGCAUUUCCUGGCACACCAAUCAACGGUCACUCUAAACCAGCCGGCUUUUAUUUUUACCCAAAAAACAGAAUAAUGGCAGAUAAAAAGGUGGGCGGCGGCAACAACGACGGCAAGGAGAAGCGCCGCAAGGAGUCGAUUCUGGACCUCUCCAAGUACCUGGAGAAGCAGAUCCGCGUGAAGUUCGCGGGCGGCCGCGAGGCAUCCGGAAUCCUCAAGGGCUACGACGCCCUGCUCAACCUGGUGCUGGACAACACGGUGGAGUACCUGCGCGACUCCGACGAGCCCUACAAGCUGACUGAGACGAACCGGAGCCUGGGACUGGUGGUGUGUCGCGGCACAGCUCUGGUCCUCAUCUGUCCGCAGGACGGAGUCGAGAGCAUCGCCAAUCCGUUCAUAACGCAAUAAUCGGAGGAUCAGGAUCACCGGGAUCUGUAUCUGUAACUGUGGACCUUCGGUUCCAGGUCUAGACUAAGUACAAAGCGCUUUUAUGGAAUCGGUUUAAAUAUAUUUAGCGGAGACAUACGUAUAAAUUAGUUCUUAAAUCUACUUAGGCCACAAAUUACAACUUCUGCAGGCCCUCAGGAAGAGGAUUUCGGACUCCAUAAUAUUGCGACUGUCUAGGAAAUUAAGUUUAUACAUGUUCUGUAUACCAGGCAAGCUAAAAAUUUCUUUUAUAAUUCUGCUACAUUUGAAUUUUUAACACGUUAAUAUUUGAUCCAACUAAACUCUAAUAAAUCCAAUUUAUAAAUAUUAAACUCCUAAAA